CUGAACUGAGAUUUUUCUUCACAAUGACAGGAACUGAGAUCAGCAGAUCAUUUAAUAAGAGCUAAAACUGACAGCUAAAAACCACUGAUGCAUGGACAGAGAACUGCACAACAACGUGUUUCUGGUAUAUGUGAGUUUCUACAAAGAGAAAUCAUGAACUUCAGACUCUCAUCACUGAUCCUGCUGUUACACAUUCAAGUUUCUUCUUCAGGGUUCCUAACAUUGGAUAACUUUAAUGUAAACUGUAAUAAACAGAAUAUUUGUGCUGCGAUGGGGACAUGGGUGAAAGUGAGGUGCGUUUACUCAAACAUCAACAUCAAAACUGUGUUCUGGUUCAGUCAGAAACAGAGAACAAACUGGAGAAACAAAGAUGAACCUGAAGAUUUGACUUUAGAUUCAGAUUACUCAGGACGAGUGAAUCAAGAAAUCACUGAAGAUUACUUAGAGCUAAUAAUAUCAGAUGUGAUAGAGAGAGACAGUGGAGAAUAUCAGCUCAUGAUCAUUAUGAAGGAUGGAGUUAAACAUCUCAGCUCAGUCACAGUCAAUCUAACAGUCUCAGUUUUACAGGUGAAGAUGAAUCCUGAAUCUACAGGACAGCGAGUAAAACUGAGCUGUGAUUCCUCCUGCCCUUUAACAUCUGAAAAUAAUUACUACUGGUUCAAGAAUGGACAACAUUCAACAUAUGACCAAAGCAUAUUUGUGUCAUCCAGUGGAAACACUGACAGUUAUUCCUGCUCUGAGUCUGAUUCAGAUCCCUCUUCAUCUAUUUGUCUUUCUAACAGUAGCUGCUGGGGUGUGACGUACACCUCUAGAAGAGUUUGUGCUUUAGUGGGAUCAACAGUAGAUAUUCACUCUUCAUACUCACAUCCCACUGGAGAUACAGUAGACAAAACAAACUGGCAUUACUAUCAUCAUGGGGAACUCAGUGAUCUGCGUGAGGAUCUUCAGUUUUCUGGUCGUGUGGAGUUUGUGGGAAACACACUGAGAGUCAAAGACGUCAGCAUAAAUGACACUGGAAUAUAUCGAUUCAGCAUCAUCACUAACACAUCAGAUGAAGUUUUUGGUUCACAUGGAGUCGAUCUUACUGUAACAGGUACACGAGUGAUAAGCAGCCCAAACACUGUGAUAGAUGGAGAAAAAGUGAUAUUAAGCUGUUCAACCAGAUGCACUCUGGAUAACAAACAUACUUACAUCUGGUAUAAGAAUGGACAACAGGUAACAGAUGGAUUGAGAUUAUUAAACAAGCUGUACCUGGACUCAAUCAACAGUGAGGAGCUACAAGAGUAUUCCUGUACUGUAAGAGAUCCAAUGGACAAAACAAAUGCUUAAAUACAUAAAACUGUAGGAUACUGAUUAAAACAAGGCUUGGCUUUCUGAAGGUUUGCUACUGUAAAUGUUUUAAUAAAGCUUUUUGGUACCUGCCUUUCUGAGAUA